AUUUUGCCUUCCCCUCGUGCUGGCUUCCCUCCCUACCAUGGCCACUGGCGAAGAGAUCCCCCCUGCCCUGCAGGAUUCGUGGGGGGACUUCUGGCUCUUCCGUUUCUUUGUUAAUGCUGCUGGCUAUGCAAGUAUUGUCGUGCCAGGAUUCCUCCUCAUCCAGUACUUCAAGAGAAGGAAUUACCUGGAGACAGGAGUGAGCUGCUCGCAGAGGUGCACCCCAGAGCUGUCUAGGUGCUAUCAUGAAACAAAUUUCUCGGAGGCCCCUGCGCCAGCAGAUGCAGAGGCUAGCCGAGGCAUUUGCUUUCCUGUCAUCAAAUCAUGUGUGUUUGGCUCUGAGGUGAAGUCUGUACACCAGGAGGAUGGCUCCCUGCCACCCCGAGUGGAGCCCACAGAGUCCUCUACAGCCCGACAGGUCUUCAAGCUGCUCUUCUGUGCUGCUGGCCUACAGGCCUCCUACCUCACGUGGGGUGUCCUCCAGGAGCGUGUGAUGACGAGAACGUACGGUGCCACCAAAACGGACCCUGGUGAGAAGUUCAAGGACUCCCAGUUCCUAGUGUUCAUGAACCGCAUCCUGGCCUUCACGGUGGCUGGUCUGUACUGUGCUCUAACCAAGCAGCCACGCCAUGGGGCUCCUAUGUACAAAUACUCCUUUGCCUCCCUCUCCAACAUCCUCAGCAGCUGGUGCCAGUAUGAGGCACUCAAAUACAUCAGCUUCCCCACCCAAGUGCUGGCCAAGGCCUCCAAAGUGAUCCCAGUAAUGAUGAUGGGCAAACUGGUGUCACGCAAGAGUUAUGAGUACUGGGAGUACCUGACUGCUGCCCUCAUCUCCGUGGGUGUCAGUAUGUUCCUGCUUUCCAGUGCGCCCAACAGGCAUGUGUCCACUGUCACCACUUUCUCAGGCAUAGUCCUCCUGGCCGGCUACAUAAUCUUUGACAGCUUCACCUCCAACUGGCAGGAUGCCCUCUUCACCUACAAGAUGUCUCCUGUGCAGAUGAUGUUUGGUGUCAACGUCUUCUCCUGCCUUUUCACGGUGGGCUCGCUCUUGGAGCAGGGUGCCUUGCUGGAGUCAUUACGCUUCAUGGCCCGCCACUCAGAGUUCACAGCCCAUGCUGUGCUGCUCUCGGUGUGCUCCGCCUGUGGCCAGCUCUUCAUCUUCUACACCAUUAACCAGUUUGGGGCAGCCGUCUUCACCAUCAUCAUGACGCUCCGCCAGGCCUUUGCCAUCCUCCUCUCCUGCCUCAUCUAUGGGCACACAGUCACUGUCGUGGGCGGUCUGGGUGUAGCCGUUGUCUUCAUGGCCCUCUUCCUCCGCGUCUAUGCCCGCAGCCGCAUGAAGAAGCGCAGUAAGAAGCUCCCACCAGGCGAGACCCCUGUACAAAAGGUCUAAGGAGCUGGGGCCAUGGCACAUAAGCCAUGCCUACUGUCCUGCCUCCACUCAGGGGCACUUGCUUGAUUUCUCAGAACCUGCUGAGGAGCAGGGUGGGGUAUGGAUAGGCUGGAUCAGUGAUGGACUUUUCCACCUGCUUUUCCUAGGGAAGGGGCUGGAACAAGCCCAGGGAAUGCUCUGGGCUGCCACAGCUCCAAACCUUUCCAUUUGCCUUAAUGGGUCAAAGACUUCCAGCCAAGGCACGGGCCUGGGGGCUCACAUCCUGAGGGAAAACCAGCAUGGGGCUGCUGGUACUCCUGCCCCACCUCUGUCCUGUGGCUUCUCUCCAAAGUCAGCGAUGCGCAAGGGAGCUCUUUUCCCUGGCACCAUCUUGCCUCUGGCUAAUGCUCCGCCAUAUCGGCUACUACUACAGAGCUCAGCAGGAGGAAAGGGCAAAAAAACCACUAGCUUUCUUUUUGAAAACACCUCCAUGUGAGGCAAGUCCCAAGCUGAGCCCAUCCCAAGGUGGGGGCAGCUCUCAGCACCGCUCCCAGGAGGUGCUCCAGGUAGCACAGGCACAGCUAAGGGAAGGACUCCCGAGCUGUCCUACCCCAAGCCUGGGAUCUGCUCUGGGAUGGCACUCUGCAGUGAAAGCUGGUACCUUCUAGUUUGGUUUUUAUCAGUUCCUUGCCCCUGCUCUAAGAUGCUUUUCUUCGGUUCCCUUGGCCCAGGCUGAUUUUUAUGCAGAGCCUGAGGCUGGCCGGUACGGUUCCCAGGGCUUGCUGAGCAGUUCUGGGUUGCUUUUUGGUUACAUCUGCUGCUGUCACAGGCCAAAGGCUACGCUGCCCAGAAGCCCUGGCAUCACCUUGGGGUGUCUCAGUGCCAUGGUUCCUGGGUUUUGUAGUUACUAUUCAGAGAAGCACAAACAGCCCCUCUUCCUCCUGCCAACUGGAGGUAUUGGCCACGGCUUUCCUGAGGCCUGGCCAGAGCCCUGCUGUGCCUGGAGGGCUGGGAGAUGGGGCAGAGCCUGCUUCGGCGGUGCCUUGUUCCUGCUCCACAGGCAGCAGCGGAGGGAGUGAGUGGGCACCUGCUCCUGGGUUUUACUGGUUAACCCUUUUCUCCUCAACACAACCUGACUGUCAAGCCAGCAGGUUUUGGUACUUUUAAAAGGCAUUUUUUUUUCUUUUUAUUUUAUUAAAUUGAAACUAUGCUGCA